GUGCGGAGGAGGCCAGCCGCUGCUGUCGCCGGUGGCCCGGGCCCAGCUCUUCCAGUGGAGGCCGGCCUCGGGCCGCUGGCCUCCCGCGCUCGCCGCCUGUCACCGCCGAAAGGGCGAUUUUACCUGCCGCCGCCCGCCACCCGACCGGCUUUCCGGCCGAGCCCGGUACCGGAGGCCACCUCCUCCCACCUCUGGUCGGCCGGGAACAGAGAGCAGGGAUCGGGGAGGCUGGGCGAGAGGGUACCAGGUUCCGGGAGCGCCGGCAAGGGCCCUGGCCGGUCGGUUUUGGCGGCGGAAGAAACACAGAUGCGAGAAGAGUUGGCCAUCUCUGCCUCCCCCAUUUGCUGCCAAGAGUUGUUGUUCUCAAUCAGGUCCGCGCCGAGCCUAUAAAUUGCCAGCGUCAGCGAGAGCUGCAGAUCCAGAAGGGACUGGAGAGUAUCCAGUGUGUGCUAGCCAGGGAUCCACAAACACAGGCCUGUACCCAACCCCUCCCUGCCCCCACCCAACUCUCUCUCUCCUCCCUGGGGAAAGAAGCCACCAAGACCAUGACUGAGAGCUCAGCCACCACAGCUGCCAAGCCCAAACGCAGCAAGACUACCAAGAAGCCCGCCAACCACCCCAAGUACUCUGAGAUGAUCAUCGCUGUCAUCACAGGGUCCAGCAGCCGCACCGGACUGUCCAGGCAGGCCAUCCAGAAACAGGUCAAGAGCCAGUACAAGCUGGCAGAGAACGCUGACAACCAGAUCAAGCUGUCACUCGUCAAGCUGGUGACCAACGGUGUGCUUGAAAAGACCAAGGGGGUCGGAGCCUCGGGCUCCUUCAAGCUCUCGAAGGGGGAGGAGCCAAGGAAGUCGGUGGUGGCUGUGAAGAAGGCCAAGAAGUCGGUCAAGAAGAGCACCUCACCUAAGAAGGCAGCCAUGCCCAAGAAGGUGGCCAAGCCCUUGGCUAAGUCCAAGAAGGCCAAGGCAAAGAGGCCAGUGAAGAAGCAGGUGAAGAAACCAGUGCAGUCCAAAGGCUUAAAGAAAGCAAAACCGGCAAAGGCAAAACCUGUGAAAGCGAAACCGGUGAAGAGGAAGGCGAAGCAGACAAAAACUAGCAAACCAACAGCAAAAAGCAACGCAAAGAAAUCAGCAUCCAAAAAGAAGUGACUGAUUCUAUCAAACUGUAGUCAUACAGACUUUUAGCCAUUUCUGUAAAUAGUUGUUUUAAUUUUUUUUCUAUGAAACUUUGGUUGACCUUACUGCUAGGAGUUAGCGAAAAAACAUAGAGCUUUCUUCUUCAUGAAUGUGGUAAUAUUAACAUAGCUGAAAUUUGCUGUACUUUGUAGUAAUUUUCAAGCUGAUUUCAUGUUUUUAUGUACAAAAAGUUGUCAGUUCAGUUGAACCAUGCAUAUGAAAAGAAUUUUCUUAUGAAUCCAAUUGCCGUCCUUGAGUUUCAAAUAAAAAAAAUAACUUGA